AAAUAAAAGUAUACAACGUUGGAAGUGAAGGAUGUGUGUUCUCUUCUUGUGUGAAGCCAAAACCACAACCAUUGGAACCCAACUCAGUGAAGAACCUUGGAAACUAUGGUGAGCACCGACUCAUCCACGGGUUCACAACAACCCAACCUGCCACCAGGGUUUCGGUUCCAUCCCACAGAUGAGGAACUUGUCGUUCAUUACCUCAAGAAAAAGGUUGCCUCUGCUCCUCUUCCUGUUUCCAUCAUCGCUGAGGUUGAUCUCUACAAGUUUGAUCCCUGGGAGUUACCAGCUAAGGCAUCGUUUGGGGAGGAAGAGUGGUACUUUUUUAGCCCAAGGGACAGGAAGUACCCGAAUGGUGCGAGGCCAAACAGGGCUGCAACUUCAGGGUAUUGGAAGGCCACAGGGACUGAUAAGCCUGUGUGUAGUGGAACUCAGAAGGUUGGGGUGAAAAAAUCUUUGGUUUUCUAUGGAGGGAAGCCACCAAGAGGGGUUAAGACCGAUUGGAUCAUGCAUGAGUAUCGUCUUGCUGAUAACAAACCUAACAAUAAGCCUCCUGGGUGUGACUUGAGCCACAAGAAAAACUCCCUAAGGCUGGAUGAUUGGGUUCUGUGCCGGAUCUACAAGAAAGGCAAUACACAAAAGUCACCUAUGGAUCAUGACAAGGAUGAUUCCAUGGAUGACAUGAUUGGAGAAGUACCUCCUUCUAUCAAUGUGGGCCACAUGAAUGCAAGAUUUCACCUUUCAAAAAUGUCCACAAACUACAGUAGUGCAUUAUUGGAAAAUGACAGAAACAUGUUGGAAGGGGUGGUUAUUGGCAAUGGUGGGAUUAGCACAACGUGUGCCAUAUCAUCUCAGUUGGGCACCUCAAACUCCAAGGCCGAAGAGCUUCUUAAUUUUGUCUCUCCGAACACUUCAGCCUCCAAAAGAACACUCUCAUCACUGUAUUGGAAUGAUAAUAAUAUGAAUAAUAAUGAGGAUUUCGCUGGCACAUCAUCAUGUAACAAACAAUUCAAUUUGGAUAGUAUUGAGAAUGGAAGUGUUGUGAGGAAUGAAGGGAAUAAUGCCACUGCUGGCUCCUUUGCAACUCUUCUUAACCAGCUUCCACAAACACCUUCAUUGCACCAACAGACAAUGAUGGGGUCUAUAGGAGAUGGACUACUUAGAACACCAUUUCAAAUACAAGGGAUGAAUUGGUAUGGCUAACUCCAUUUUCAGUUUCUUUGGGCUAUGAUAUGGUGAUUAUAGUGCACAAGGAGAAACUGAAAGUAAGAAGGUAGCUCCAGGCAAUACCACGUGAUUAGGUGAGAGCGUGAGGCCAUGGUAUUUUUAGUUUUAUAUAGAUAGAGAGAUAGAUAUAGAAAGAUUGAAAGAGAUAGAGAUAUAGAGAUAUUUGCUUGUUUUUGUUGGUGUGUAAAGAAACAAAAUGAGGGUGCUUUUUGUGUAAAAAAAAAUUAAGAGAAAGAAAAAAACAAGAGUCAGCCAUUCUAUACUUUGCUUUAGGAUACAAAGUGAAGAAUAUUGAAAACUUCAGAACUACAUAUAUUGAUGCAAGAAUUUAAAAUAUGUAUAUUAAUUGAUUGUAUUUGUGGUUUGUCUAUAUAUCUAUAUCUUGUUCUUAAAGAUCUUGAAACUAAUCUGAUUUUUAUUUGAUUUAUCUCGAUAUUGCUAAGCCA